GAAGCCAGGGGAAACUGAACUGAACAUCCAGGCUUUUAAAAGAGGUGGGGGUGGAGAGAGGAAACACUAUCAACGGAAAUUGUGAAUUUGGGUAAACAUUCUCUCUCCAGGCAGUUAACACCUUCUUCACCUUCCUGGUGUGAGCAAAAGAGCCACAGAAGUAGAAGGAACCCCGGAAAUUGCUUUGGAAUUCCCAGGAGCUGGCAGCAAUGGACAGGAAACAGACAGCUGAGACCCUGCUGUCUCUGACACCUGCUGAAACUGCCAACCUCAAGGAAGGAAUCAACUUUUUUCGAAAUAAGACUACUGGCAAAGAGUACAUCUUAUACAAGGAGAAGGACCACCUAAAGGCAUGCAAGAACCUCUGCAAGCACCAAGGAGGCCUGUUCAUAAAAGACAUCGAGGAUUUAGAUGGAAGGUCCGUUAAAUGUACAAAGCACAACUGGAAGUUAGAUGUGAGCACCAUGAAGUACAUCAACCCUCCAGGGAGCUUCUGUCAGGACGAGCUGGUUGUCGAAAUGGAUGGAAACAAUGGGCUUUUCCUUGUAGAACUGAAUCCUCCUAACCCUUGGGACUCUAAUCCCAGGUCUCCUGAAGAGUUGGCUUUUGGGGAAGUACAGAUAACAUAUCUCACUCAUGCCUGCAUGGAUCUCAAGUUGGGAGACAAGCAGAUGGUGUUUGACCCUUGGUUAAUUGGACCUGCUUUUGCCCGAGGAUGGUGGUUGCUACAUGAGCCUCCAUCUGACUGGCUGGAGAGGUUGUGCAAAGCAGAUCUCAUUUACAUCAGUCACAUGCACUCUGACCACCUGAGUUACCCGACUCUGAAGCAGCUGUCCCAGAGACGACCAGACAUUCCCAUUUAUGUUGGUGACACGGAAAGGCCUGUGUUUUGGAAUCUGGACCAGAGUGGUGUCCGGUUAACUAACAUCAAUGUGGUACCAUUUGGACAGUGGCAACAGGUAGACAAAAAUCUGCGGUUCAUGAUCUUGAUGGAUGGUGUUCAUCCUGAGAUGGACACAUGCAUUAUCGUGGAGUACAAAGGUCAUAAAAUACUCAACACAGUGGAUUGUACCAGACCCAAUGGGGGAAGACUGCCUGAGAAAGUUGCUCUAAUGAUGAGUGAUUUUGCUGGAGGAGCAUCAGGCUUUCCAAUGACUUUCAGUGGUGGAAAAUUUACUGAGGAAUGGAAGGCCCAGUUCAUUAAAGCGGAAAGAAGAAAGCUUCUGAAUUACAAAGCUCAGCUGGUGAAGGACCUGCAGCCUCGAAUCUACUGUCCCUUUGCUGGGUAUUUUGUGGAGUCUCACCCAUCUGACAAGUACAUUAAGGAAACAAAUGUCAAAAAUGACCCGAAUCAACUCAACAAUCUCAUCAAGAAAAACUGUGAUGUGGUGACAUGGACCCCACGACCUGGAGCAACCCUUGACCUAGGCAGGAUGCUGAAGGACCCAACAGACAGCCAGGGCAUUGUGGAGCCUCCAGAAGGGACAAAAAUUUACAAGGAUUCCUGGGACUUCGGCCCAUACCUGAGUACCUUGCACUCUGCUGUAGGAGAUGAAAUCUUCCUUCACUCAUCCUGGAUAAAAGAGUACUUCACUUGGGCUGGAUUUAAGAGUUACAACCUGGUGGUCAGGAUGAUUGAAACGGAUGAAGACUUCAACCCUUUUCCUGGAGGGUACGACUAUCUGGUGGACUUUCUAGAUUUGUCUUUUCCAAAAGAAAGACCAAGCAGGGAGCAUCCCUAUGAAGAAAUCCGUAGCCGUGUGGACGUCAUCAGGUACGUGGUGAAGCACGGCCUGCUGUGGGAUGACCUAUACAUUGGCUUCCAGACCCGGUUGCAGCGGGAUCCUGACAUAUACCACCAUCUGUUUUGGAAUCAUUUUCAGAUAAAACUCCCUCUAACACCACCCAACUGGAAGUUAUUCCUGAUGCACUGUGAUUAGAGCGGACCUGCCAUGUCCAGAUUAAUCCUCCAGGCAGCAUCAUGAAGACUUCUUUCAGAGAGAGUUUUCAGCAUCAUCUAUUUACCAGACACAGGCCUGGGAGCUGCCCUGAGAGGUCCCAUCUCACUGGAACUGAAAUGACCAACUCUGUUAUGAAAUCUGUCAGUUAAUGGAGCCUGGGAGUUCUGAUAGUUAAACAGAUCCUUGAUUGAGGGAUGGUACAACAUUCAUUAAUAAUCUUACAAAGAAAGCACUUUAAAAAUUAAUAGAAAAUAAGAAUCUAUGUCUUCAAAAUAAAACAUCAUAAACCCACAAAAAAGACUUCUUUUAGAACUUUUAAAAAUAUUGUUUCAAUGUUUAAAAUAGGCAACUAAAUUGCCUGUGGGUUAUUUUCUGUCUAUUUUUGAUAAAAAAAAAAACAAUCUUUAUGAUUAUUUAAGAUGUACUAAUUGAUUUGUAAGAAACAGUAAUUGAUACCCAAAGGUUCUACUUUACAUGUUGUUUUUCUAAUACUCCUUUACCCACUGACAGUACAAUCAAGUAUACUUUCUGACUGUCACCUACCUCUUGAAUGUGACCUCAAAAUAGUUUCCUAACUCUAAUCAAUAGAAGACUGACUGUCUCCUCACAAAAUUCAACAACACAAAUGGUAGACUGUUCUUGUUUAUAUCACACUAGGAAAAAUGCUUGGAAGUCAGAAAUUGAACUUUGUGAUUUAUACUAUAAAUUAUUCAGUUACUGCGAAGAUAAUGUAUUGUUCAUGAAAAUAGAUGUUCAAAUGUAUAUGAUGGGCAAAUAAAAGAUUAUUUUAAA